UCACCAUUCUCUUCACUCAUUAAUCCCACAAGACCCAAAAAAAAAGAAAAAAACCAAUAGAGAGUAGAGAGAGAAAAUGUUGAACUUGAAGGAAGAGAGUAGCAGUAUUGGGAAAACCAAUUGGGCGCGUGUAUGCGACACAUGCCAGUCGGCCGGCUGCACGGUAUACUGCCGUACAGACUCGGCCUACCUUUGUGCCGCAUGUGACGCCCGGAUCCACGCGGCCAACCGCCACGAGCGUGUGUGGGUGUGCGAGGCGUGCGAGCGAGCUCCGGCGUCUUUCGUGUGCAAAGCUGACGCGGCAUCGCUCUGCACCGCCUGCGACGCAGACAUCCACGCUGCCAACCCGCUCGCGCGCCGCCACCACCGCAUCCCAAUUCUCCCCCUACCCGUCUCCCUUUACGGCAACGCGGAGCCUCAGGCCACCGCCACGGCAGAUCCCGAUGAUGGGUUUUUGGCCCCGGAGGCCGACCGAACAAUCGACGAAGAAGACGAUGACAAUGACGACGAGGCUGCUUCAUGGCUUUUAGUCAAUCCUGGGAAGAGCAACAACAACAACAACAAUAGUCAGAACAACAUCAAUGGGUUCUUGUUUGGUGGGGAAGUUGUUGAUGAGUACUUGGACCUUGCUGAGUACAAUACAUGUCAAGAGAAUCAAUUUGCAGAUCAUUAUAAUGUUGCUCAGAAGAGCUAUGGAGGUGAUAGUGUUGUGCCAGUUCAGUGUGGAGAGGGAAAGGGUUUGGUUCUUCAGCAGCAGCAGCAGCAGCAGCAGCAGCAAACCCAUAACUAUCAGUUGGAGAUGAUGGAGUUUGAGACCUCAAAGAGUGGGUAUGGUUACCCUGCUUCAGUCAGUCACAGUGUCUCUGUUUCAUCAAUGGAUGUUGGUGUUGUCCCAGAAUCCACCAUGAGUGAUGUCUCAAUCUCUCACCCAAGGCCUCCCAAGGGCACAAUUGACCUUUUCUCCAGCCCUCCUCUUCAUAUGCCUCCUCAACUCACUCCAAUGGACAGGGAGGCUAGAGUUUUAAGGUAUAGGGAGAAGAAGAAGACGAGAAAGUUCGAGAAGACAAUUAGGUACGCCUCAAGAAAGGCCUAUGCAGAAACCAGGCCUCGGAUCAAAGGCCGGUUUGCAAAGAGAACAGAUGCAGAGGUAGAAGUUGACCAGAUGUUCUCCACAUCACUAAUGGCAGCUGAAGGAGGAUAUGGAAUCGUUCCAUCGUUCUAAAUCCCCCCCAAAAAAAGGGAAAGAAAGAGAUUGUACUAGCUAUUACUAAAGCUGCUGCCAGCGCCACUCUGUAUCUCUUGAUCUAAUUUGUUUUUCAAAUAAUGGGAAAGAUAUAUGCUUAGUAAUUUUGUAAAUUUUGUU